UAUAAAAUAAAUUAAUUGUGUUUAGUUUGAGUAUUUCUUAAUUGCAAAAAGUUAAAUUGAAAUUUUAACCAAGGCGCCAAUAUGCAAACUUCGGAUGACAAUAAUUACUCAUUUACCAGAAUGUGGGUUAAUUUCUUUAACGCAGCUGGCGUACCUUCGCCGGCAGCCGCUUCCUAUGCUCACAUUUUCGUGGAAAACAGAAUUCAAAUGGAUAUGCUUGAUGAUUUAAAUAAGGAACAUUUGCGCGAAAUGGGAAUUCUUCUCAUGGGCGACAUAAUUGCAAUAUUAAGACACUCCAAGAAUGUGACUGAAGAGAGAGCCCGCAAAAAGGUGAUGAAUACAGAGGAUUUUGAUUUGGUUAAACCAACUUUAAAAAUAUCUACUAAAAAUGAUAAGCCCACUGUCAGUUCCACAGUAACUUGUGAGAAAUUAAUUAGUGUUGGGAAUGGAAACAGCACUAGAGAGAGUAAUACUAGCGGUACCAUUAACAGUGGUGUUAUAUCUAAAGUAUCGUCUGAACGUAACAUUGUAAUGAAUGAAAAGUCGUCCACACGUCGUUUGGUUGUUGCUGAUACGAAAGUAUAUUCUGAUGAAAUAACAGUUGGUCAAGGUAGCGUUUUUGACCGCAUAUCAAAUAAAGCUAAAACUCCUAAGCCACCAGAAAAUGAGAAUGUUCGUAUUACAAUGAGCGGACCCGGUGCAAAACCUACAAGCACAUCAAUAUUUUCACGCUUAGGUAAAAAGUCAACAGAUGAACCCUCCACAGUGACAAAGCACUUAAAGCCAAUCCUAAAAAACUCCCAGAAGAAGAGCUUGUCAUCAAUAGUUAAGGCUAAAACUAUAACAAAUCCAACUUCUCAAAAUAUGUACGUUGUUAGAACAGUACCUGUAAAGCGGGAUAGCGAUGAUGAUUAUAAUAAUGAAGAUGCAAUGGACACGGAUUCUGUUGGUAGUAGUGAAAAAAUUGUUAAAUUUGCAGAAACUGCAGAAGUCCGCGAAAUAUAUUCUCCGCGUCGUAAACCUAAGCGUGGAGGUGUCAACAAUAAUACUGAAAUAGACUUGGGCUACGGAUCUGGAAUCCGCAGCAGCAUUAAAUCGCGUCUUGGGAUGAAUGGCAGACUUCAUAGUGCUAAGAAAUCAUAUAAUUUAAAAGCUUCGACAACAAGACGCCUUAGCCCUAUAAGUUCAAAAACCGUUAGAUUGAAGUCUGAUGAAAUAUUACUAAAUAAAGAUACAUCUGUGCUAAGCCGUUUGGGUUCAAAGACUUCUGUUGAUAAUCACGCAAUGUCCUCGCUAUCUCAUCGUAUUGGUAAAGUUAGUUUGUCUUCACAAACUUCUCCACCGCAAGGCCAAAAAUCAGGGGAUAGUUCAAGCUCGCGGCAAGAACCAAAACCAUCGGUUUUCGAUCGUUUAGGUUUUCAUUAAAAUUAAGGUUUUCUAAAUUUAAUUAAAUUAAACUAAAACAAAAACAAAAACAAAAGCAAAAAAAAAAAAUAAUGUAUGCAAAAAUGUUUAUCGAUUUCAUGAUCAUUAAGAAAAUCUUAUGUUAAUUUUGAUUUUUAAGUCUCAAUGUGUGCAAUCUUGCAAUAGUUGGCAGUUUGUUCAGCUUGCAAUAUUGACAAUAUAAUUUUCAUACCACAUUAAAAAUAAGCCUAGCGUUUUUGUUAUUGUCUUAAUGAUUAUUUAAGUCAUUUUGUUAAAAGUUUUACACACGAGUUUGUAAGAAAAACUUUAUCGUUUAAUUAUUUUUGCAUAUCAUUAUUUUGCAUAUAAAAAUUGAUGAAAACUUCGUUUUUAAAAAACGGUUACACA